UCAAGGUUCAGGUCCACCUCUUCCGCCCCUUCCUUUUGACAUCUCUCUCUUUCUCUUUCUCUCUUCGCUUUCUUCUCUCAUUCUCAUUCUCAUUCUCAUUCCCAUUCCUCUUCUCUCUACAUCCCUCUCCACCUUGCGGGCACACGACAGACAUAUCCCCUGCUUGUCUUCUACCAGUGUUCCCGUUGCGAAUCCUACUCCUUUUUCGCCAGCUGCACCUGUCUCCAAACCAUAUGAACACCGCCAGACCUACAUCAUCCACUCGCAAUAUCACAUUGGACCCCAUACCCUAGUCUGAUCUACACACCUUCCUGUUCACUUUCCACACCAUUUCAUAAGCUCCUAUUUUUCCAUUUCGCCCUCCCUCAAUCCCUAUUCCAAGCAAUUGAACGCCCAUGAAUACGUUCACGACAAAAAGCACCCCGUUGCUAGGCGGCAGCGAGCAUGACCCGACCGAUUCCAGGUCGCCCACUUCGCCUAACAAGAACCAUAUUGUGACCAAGAGGGAACUGACCCAGCUCGAGAACUUUGCUGUCUCUGCCCUGGCUCCGUCCAUGGCUGUCCUCUUCACCAAUCCCUUCGAUACCGUCAAGGUCCGCCUGCAGCUCCAAGGCGAGUUCGUCAAGUCGAGGGAACCGGGCAGGAACGGCAAGGAGGUAGUCAGAGUGUCUGAAAAGGUCUACAAGUCAUCUUUGGACUGCCUCGUCAAGACAUUCCGGCACGAGGGCAUCCGAGGUCUACAGAAGGGCCUCUUCCCCGCCAUCCUUAAGGAGUCAUCUAAAAAUAUCUUCCGCCUCGGUCUCUAUGACCCCAUCCUCAACGCCUUGCAUCCGCUCAACUACCCCGGUGAGGUCAGCACAGCUCCAGCCUGGAAACGCAUGAUUGCGGGAGCGACCUGCGGUGCCAUGGGUGCCAUCAGUGCCAACCCGUUCGAGCUGAUCAAGACCCGGCUUCAGUCUCAUUCUUCUGGUGCACUUGCAGUCGGAAAUCAAUAUGCCUACAAAGGCACGUUCUCCGCGCUUAGAACGAUUAUUACGAACGACGGCGUGAAGACACUGUAUCGUGGAUCGAUGAUCUCGAUUGCGCGGUCAAUGUUUGGCAGUGCUGCCAAUUUGACAACUUACUCGCUCCUCAAGGAUCAUGCCAGGAGUAACUGGGGCGUACAGGAUGGCGUGAUGCUCGAUAUGAUGAGCUCUCUUGUCAGUGCAUUUGUCAGUGUCGUCGUCAUGAAUCCAAUGGAUGUCGUUCGCAUUCGUCUCUAUAACCGGUCGUCACAAUCGACAUCUCAGACGACGCUGCAGUCUUGUCGCCAUAUUCUGACUACUGAAGGUCCACUGGCAUUUUACAAGGGAUUCUCUACCCAUUUUAUGCGUAUCGGCCCUCACUUUACGCUCACGUUUGUCUUCCUGGGCAUGCUCAAGCGCCACUUGAUCGAGGGAUCUUCCCAAUCCAGUUCAAAGACAUCCCACAUUCUCUUUCCUAAGGACGAGAGCCCCGCGGCCUCAUCGUCCUCUCCGUCGUCGUCGACGCCUUCAUUAGCCGCCGGUGUGAUCGCAAGGCGAGAAGAACAGAUUUAAGAGCGAAAACGGCAUCUUUAGUUAUAAUCUCCUGUUUUCUUCUGCUCUAAUCUGUUUGCUUGCCAAUGUUUGCAUAUUUCUUUUUCUUCUGCUGUCCAUUUGCAUCCGCCCUGUACUCUCUAAUCUUCAUAUUGCAUCCAAACCUGUACAGUACUUUUCUUUGCAUCGAUCUUAGAAAGCACUAUUACUGCCUCCACAUCAUACUCAUCACUACAAAAUUCUCCCUCCUCACUCUCAUUUUCUGUUCUCCUCCGCGGCUUUUUUUUUUUUUUCUUUCUUU